AGCCGUCCUGCCAGUUAGACAAGAAGGCCGUCCUGCUGGCCAUAACCGGCAGCGCUGCAUCAGCAGAAAUCACAUGGAUUCACUCAACGAGGGGCCCAGGGACGGCUCCUUCCAGUGCCUCUCGCUCACCCUGUUCCCCCUGCCCCCUCCUCCCUCUCUCCCUCACCCUCUCUCCCUCACCCUCUCUCCCUCACCCUCUCUCCCUCACCCUCUCUCCCUCAAGCAGUCCUCUCUCCCUCUCUCUCUCUCCCCCUCCCUCCCUUCCCCACCCCACCCACCAGCCCUGCAAGGAAUUGCUGCUGGCCAUAACGCGGUGCAUCGGCUACCACAUGGAAUCUCUCAACGAGGGCCCCCGGGACGGCUCCUUCCAGUGCCUCUCACUCACUCUGCGCCAUGUUCGCGCGCUGCUCGCCCUGCCCUCCUCUGCUAGUAGCGUUCGCGACAUUCUCUUUGACAUUAGUCUUGCGGAGGCAGAGGAGGAAGAAGAGGAAGAAGAGGAAGAAGAGGAGGAGGAGGAUGAGGAGGAUGCUGAUGUUGAUGAUGUGGAGGUGGCAGCAGAGGCAGUAGUGGGGACGGUGCAGAGGCUCAUGGUGAAGCGCAUGCUGGGAGCGCCAUCGUUCAGCAAGCAGUUAUCGGCGGCCAGGGAGAUCAACCGCAUGCUCGAAAGCUCAGCUGCUCUGAAGAUGAGGGACAAGGGAGCAGCCUUGAGAUCAACAAUCAAUUGGCUGGAGGCCAAUAAGAUUCUGCCACUUGUCCUGCGCUCCAACCUGCACCACAAGCAAUACGUGGACCAAGUGGUAAAGAUCAUGAGGGCGCUGCUCAACCAGCGCCGCCUGCUGGGGAAGCACCUGGAUGCCGUGUGGGCCGCCACUGAGAAGCCCGACCAGUUUGAAGCGGUGAAGAACAACAUUUUCGAUCUGCUGGCGGAGCUGGCCUGGUCCUUCUCAGACGAGCAGCUCGACUCGCUCUUCUCACGCCUGCAGCACAUCCAGGGUCGCUCAGCGGCAGAUAUAGCGAAGCUGAUGCAGCUGGUGAAGAAGCUCGCGCGGUCCGACACCCGUGGCGUCAUGGCCUCCAGGCUGCUGCAGCUUCUCUGGACACUCGUAUUCGACCCGCCUCACACCCAUGCAGUCCAAACGUCAGGGUCAGCGUCAGCAUCGGCAGCAGCAUCAGCAGCAGCAUCGGCAGCAGCACUGGCAGCAGCAGCAGAUGUUGCAUCAGUGAACGUGCUUGAAUCGAAGGCCCUCACGGAGGUGUUGGGCCACUAUGCUUCUGUUGGGUGUGCUAAUAAAGAGGAGUACAUGCAACGCUGCCUACAAGCCAUCUCGCGGGAGGAGAGUGUCAUACCAGCCCUCCAGCUGCUGCGAGAGAUCAUCUCUCUGCACCCCAACCCCGCUCCACCUGCUGAGUUGCUAUUGCUAGUCAUGUCAACCCCUCCCUACCUCACUACUGCAUGCCUCUCGUCAUUCCUUCGUUGCUCGUCUCGUGUGUUGCAGGAGCAGCAGAUGCUGCAGGCUCAGCUGCAAUCGCUGAAUGCAAACCACGAGCUCGAGUACACUGUACUGGGCAGUCUACAGACCUACAAGGGCCUGGCCCGCUCCAUGUUCGCCUCUGCACGCUCUGCCUCCCCCCACCAACCACAGCCCAUCACUGCUCCAAGCAAACCUCUUCCAGUCAGCCCCGUUCCACCCAGCAGCAGCAGCCCACUACCAGUUCCAGACGCCAGCGUCUUGGCCAGCAGUGACGGCAGUCCCAUGCAUGGCGUGGUGGUGGCGGAAGAGGUGAGGCAGGAGUGCCGUGGCGGUGGGGUUGCGGCAGAGGAGGAGAGAUCGUCGCCCGCUAUGGACUGUGACGAGCCGCAAGGGCAGCAGCAGCAGGAGGAGCAGCAGAAGCACGGGCAGGAGGGGCGGCAGCAACAGCAGCAGUGCUCGCAGCAGCAGCAGCAGCAGCAGCAGCAGCAGCAGCAGCAGCAGCAGCAGCACGUGCAGCUGCAGCGGCAGUUGGAGCAGUGCACGUUGGUGGAUGGCAGGCACUCCCACCGCGACAACAUCACUGCCCGCCUCUCCUUCCUCCUCUGGGCGCUGCAGGUGCUUGCUUCCCCUCUUCUUUUCGUCAUCCUUUCGUCGAGAACUACGGGCGGGCGGCAUGGAGCUACAGACAGAGGGGCUGGGGCAGGCGGCAUGGAGUUACAGCCAGAGGGGCUGCGCGUGAUAUGGACGGAGCUAGUGGAGCACCCAGCGUGCCCUGAGGACCGCCAGCUGGCGCUGACGUGGCUCAUCACCACAGCAUCAGGCCGUUUGAUAUGUCUCAAAAGUCACUCGGUUGCUUCCCCUUCCCUCGCUCUACCAGGCUCUUCCACCACAUUUUCAUCCGUGCCUCAAAACUUGUCCUAUAAUGCACCCCCUCCUCUCCCUCACACUCUAUCAGGCUUCACAGUGUUGCCUUCUAGUGUCACAUCAUUGGGUCUCGUGUGGUCGCUGGCUCUCCGCUGCCUGCCCCUCUGCCGCCAUCUGGCAGCUCUGCAUCCAGCUAUUAAGGGACCUGCACUCCUCGCUUGUAGCCCCAGAAAAGGUAGGUGCCGCAGUGUUGCGAGGGAGGGCGUGCAGGUGGCAGUGGCAGGAGACGUGGGGCAGUUGAAGGGAGUGCAGCUCGUGUGGUCAUUGGCUCUCCGCUGUCUCUCCCCUCACCUUCCUUACUUGCCAACCCUCUCUACCCCCUCCCUCCAGGCCAAGCUAGUGGCGGUACGGCAGAGCUUCAUAGGCGAGUGCAUGCUCUCCCCUCCAUUCCUCCCCACCAACCCCAUUUUCCCCUUACCCCUUCCUUCCUGCCCAACUUCUAUUUUCCAGGCCAAGCUGGUGGCGGUGCGGCAGAGCUUCAUAGGCGAGUGCAUGCGGCGCCUUGCUGCUGCGAUGCAGCAGCUGGAGGGAGGGACAAGUGCGGGGUAUAACGGGCAGAUGUUGGGAGGGCAUAACGGGGACGUGAAAGGGAGAAGCGCAGGAGGAGUGGCGCCCACUGGGAGGGAUGCGCUGCCCAUGGAAACGAGUGCGGAGGAGAGUGAUGGCGGGGAGAGGACGGGUGAUGCAAGGGAUGGCGGCGGUGAUGAUGUGGCAAUGGCUGGACAGGAGGAUGAGGGUGGGCUGGAAGCAAGGGAGCAGGAGAGGGAGGUGGGGGGUGCAAGGAGUGGGGAGUUGAACGGAGAAGGCACAAGGGGUGGCGAGGGUGGCAGGGGCAGCAAGGGUGGCAGUAGUUUGGAAGGGCAAGCUUCAGCAGAGGAGCAAGCACAGCGCUGCCUUUUGCUCUUGACACAAUUCCUCACGCGCUGUGAGGCCAGCUGUCCCCGCAGAGUGCCGCCCCACGGCGCCUCCUACCAGGGCAGGCCGUUUCAAGUGGAGGUGACAGUGGCACACAGCAAACAUGUGAACUUCUUUGUUCACACGCAUGCAAACGAGUACCUGCGCUUGCUGCGACUCAAGGUGGCCCACAAGCUCGAGUGUGACUUGGCGCGUGUGCGGCUGCUAUUGGACGGCCAUGAGCUGCUCUCUGAUUGGCUCGUGCUCCGGCAAUGCGGGAUCACGGACGGGCGGCGACUCAUUGCUUCUGUCAUGCUGAAUCCCCGACCUCGCAGCAGGCAGCAAGGGGAGGGAGGGGAGGCAGAGCUUCCGGGAGUGCUCAUGGCACGACAGGGGGAGGUGUACGGCACUCUCUUCCGCCUGCUUCAAUCCGCCAACCAUCAAGUGCAGCAGGCAGCGGACGAGCUCCUCAUGCUGCUGCCAACACACCGCGCCAUUCUUGACGAUUUCAUGAGCAUCCAGUCAGCGCCAUCAGCAGCCGAGGCUGCAACCAUUCUGACGCAUCUCCUGCGUCCCUCGCCACGCCUUGUUUAUACGCUGCAGGUGCUGGACGGGCUAUUGCUGCCUGUCAACCGCCAGCCCUCGCCUGCCACCCUUCGCUUCCGAGCGAGCUUUCUCCAGUCCAGUGGCUUCAGUGCCCUCAUGUCAGUCUUUCAGACCCAAGCCCUGCCGCGUGCAACGGAUGACAGCACGAGGCGGAAGUGCUACAUGAGCGCCCUGCACAUUCUGAAGCUCCUGCUGUUUGGCGAUCACUUUGGUGGCGCCUCUAGCACAGCACCAGGCCUCUGGGAGGACUGCGAGGAGGAAGGCAGCGACGAGGAGCAGCUGCCAGAUGCCGCAUACACAGCCGCAGCAGCGGGUACUGUAGCAAGCACUAUAGAGAGCAUUGUGGGGAUCACUGUAGCCCGUACAGUGCCAGUGGCGGCCGCCCCUCUCCUUGCCACGGCACCUGGCAAUUCGUCUGAGCCAACCUGCCUCAUCCGGGAUGUGCCGCCAUUUGUAGCAAUCAUGGAUGCGCCGUCUACCCUGCUGCCGGCUGAUUGGUCAGAGCUCACCAAUACCAUCAUGAUGCUCGCCUGGGCGGCAUCGAUUGGCUCUUUGCAGGCCAUGGUGUCACCCAAUCCGCAUGCAUUCGAUACUGCAGCAGCUGUUGCUCACCUAGCCCUGCAGUCUGGGCUAAAGCAGCGGGUGGAGCAGGCCGGCUCGGGGAAGAGGGGAGGGGAGGAGAGCGAUGAAUCAGAGGACGAGGAUGAUGAGGAGGAAGAGGAUGAGGACGGGGCGGAUUCACUGUUAUAUCCUGAUGAUGCGUGCCUGGCGAUAGAAGGAGCGGUGGUGCUGGUGAGUGUGGGGCUUGGGGGAGUGAUGGAGAGACGCUUGGGAGGCGGAUGA